UGGAUAGCGAUAUGGCGUCUUCUUCUUCUCCUCCUUUUGCUGCCCCCCUCCAAGAAAAAUAUGACGUGUUUCUUAAUUUCAGAGGUGAGGACACGCGCGAUAAUUUUACCAGCUUUCUUCACGCUGCUUUACUGCGGAAGAAAAUUGAGACCUACAUGGAUUACGAACUGGAGAAAGGAGACGACAUUGAACCUGCCCUUCUGGAAGCAAUCGAGAAAUCGAAAAUUGCAGUUGUCAUUUUCUCAAAAGACUAUGCUUCUUCCUCAUGGUGUUUAAAAGAACUUGUGCAUAUACUGGGAUGCAGGGAGCGACAUGGACAGAUUGUUAUACCCAUUUUUUAUGGCAUAGAUCCAUCACAUGUACGAAAACAACAGGGAACUUAUGCACUUGAAGGUCGUCAACUUAAGAAACGUUUUAAGGGGAAUACAGAUGAGGUGAAAAACUGGAGGGCUGCUUUAGAGGAAGCAGCCAAUAUGUGUGGGUUUCAUGAUUCAAGCAAAAUAGGGUAGCCAACUCUCUAAAUUGUAUCAAUUUCUACUUGUUAUCAUUUGAUUCAUACUUACUAUUGUUUGUCUUUCAUAAUGAUAUUUUCCAGGACAGAGGC